AUGGCGGCGCUCAGCGGCGGCGGGCGAUGGCGGCGGGGCUGGCCGCCCGCGCUGCAGCUCGCGCGCCGCGCCUCCAAGGCCGUCACCCGCCACUGGAAGGCCAUGCACUUCCAGCGGCAGAAGCUCAUGGCCGUCACCGAGUACGUGGCGCCGCGGCCGCCCGUCCCGCCGCGCUGCCUGCCCCGCGCCGAGGCAGCGGGCGAGGAGGACGACGGCUACGCGCGGCUGCUGCGGCGGCAGGUGGCCGAGGCCUUCCGCGACAACAGGAUGAUCGCCGUGUGCCAGUACAGCCCGCUGGCCGCCGAGGACGUGGCGCUGGCGCGGCACUACCUGCGCCGCCACAACAUCGAGGUCAAGUUCUUCCUGAACGAGGUCGUCAGGCCCGUGCUGUCCCAGUCCAAGUACAGGAACCUGCUCCCGCUCUUCGUGGGGCGCAACGUGGUGCUGGUGAGCCCGGAGGCCAAGGCGAAGGAGAUGCUGCGGGUGCUGAAGAGCGUCCCGCAGAUCAGCCUGCUGGGCGCCUGCAUCGACGACACCAUCCUGAGCAGGAAAGGGGUGGAGAACUUUGCCAAGCUGCCCUUGCUGGAGGCCUCGCAGGGGCAGACGGUGGGUGCCCUGGCCCUGCUGCCCUCCCGGACGAGCUCCCUGCUCCAGCGCGGCUCCCUGCUCCUCGUGGCCCUGCUGCACCAGCACCUCAAGCAGCUGCAGGCCGGGGCUGCAGCGGCGCCUGGGAGCCCGCGGGGGAGCCCGGAGACGCCGGCACCGUCCCAGAGUGCCCAGAGCCCCUGACGCCGGCGUCGCGGUGGCUGCCGGGGCUGGCCGGGAGCCGGCUCCUUCUCCAGGGGGUUGGAGCUGAAGGGCUGGUCCUGCGCCACGCGCAGGGGGGCUGAGGAGAGCAGUGGGCCCCGGGCG